ACAAGUGCAAUGUACCAUCUGGAGAAAAAGUAGAAGAAGCUGAACAGCCCAGUGAUAUAGAAGAAGGAGGAUUAGAUCUCAGCGUGUCGCUCAAACCAGUCAGUUUCUACAUUGCAGACAAAAAAGAAAUGCUUCAACAGUGUUUCUGUGUCAUAGGGGAGAAAAAGCUACAGAAGAUGCUGCCUGAUAUUUUAAAGAACUGUUCCAUGGACGAAAUCAAAAGGCUUUGCUUGGAGCAGUUGGAGAUGUUAUCUGAAAAAAAACUGUUGAAGAUACUUGAAGGCAAGAUUGGAGCUGAUUCUGAUACUGACGAGGAGGCAGAUGGAGGAGACAAGACUGGAGGUGAAUCAGUCAGUCAACAGGACAACAGUAUAGACUCUACUUCUUCUCUGAAAGAAGACAACCAGCUGGAAGGUCAGGAAUCAAAACAAGGCAAGGGAGAAGAUAGUGAUGUCCUCAGCAUAAAUGCAGAUGCAUAUGAUAGUGACAUAGAAGGCCCAUGCAAUGAAGAAGAUGGCCCAGAUGUGCAGGAAAACACUGUCAGAAGUGGAGCUGGUCAGAUAGAUGACCUUCAGAAGGACAUUGAGAAAAGCGUGAAUGAGAUACUGGGGUUGGCAGAGUCCAGCCCAAAGGAGCCCAAAACAGCAACCUUAGCCGUUCCUCCGUCAGAAGAUGUUCAGCCGUCAGCACAGCAGCUGGAGCUUCUGGAGCUCGAGAUGAGGGCCAGAGCUAUUAAGGCUCUGAUGAAAGCUGGUGAUCUAAAAAAACAGCCCUGAUAUUGUUUAGAUUUAAUUUUCAGUAUUUGUUU